CGUUAUGAGAAGGUACUGAGAUGUACUUUUCUUCUCUUAUGACAGAUGUUCCUCCACCAGGGGAAGUAAUAGUUCUUGAUUCUGACCAGGAGACAGUUUCUCUUGGCUUUCCACCCACUGAAAACUCUGCUGGGUUUAGACUACAGUUAGAUUACUUCUGUGAAACACACAGCGGCAGUUUGACUGUUGAUGACUCCAGCCCUGUGAAGGUUGAUGGACUGAUACCUGGCACUGAGUAUACCUUCAGCAUCACAAGGAUUGCAGACGAUGGAAAUCAAAGCAAAGCAACCUCGCUAUCUGUCUUCACAGAGCCCAGCCCUCCUGUGCAGAUUACAGUCGACCAGGUCAGCAGCGAGUCACUGUCUCUGCAUUGGGACCCCCCUGCUGGUGAAGUGGAGAGUUACAUUGUGACUUGUUGCAGUGAGGGAGACAUUAUGAAAGAGACAACUGACACAAACAAGAUGACAUUCAACAACCUGAAGCCAGGGGAGUGUUACUUUCUAGAGGUUUCUACAAAACUUCGGAAUGGAAGAAUAAGCAAACCAACUGUAACAUCUGCCAACACAAAUGUUCCUCCACCAGGGGAAGUAACAGUUCUUGAUUCUGACCAGGAGACCGUUUCUCUUGGCUUUCCACCCACUGAAAACUCUGCUGGGUUUAGACUACAGUUAGAUUACUCCUGUGAAACACACAGCGGCAGUUUGACUGUUGAUGACUCCAGCCCUGUGAAGGUUGAUGGACUGAUACCUGGCACUGAGUAUACCUUCAGCAUCACAAGGAUUGCAGACGAUGGAAAUAAAAGCAAAGCAACCUCGCUAUCUGUCUUCACAGAGCCCAGCCCUCCUGUGCAGAUUACAGUCGACCAGGUCAGCAGCGAGUCACUGUCUCUGCAUUGGGACCCCCCUGCUGGUGAAGUGGAGAGUUACAUUGUGACUUGUUGCAGUGAGGGAGACAUUAUGAAAGAGACAACUGACACAAACAAGAUGACAUUCAACAACCUGAAGCCAGGGGAGUCUUACUUUCUAGAGGUUUUUACAAAACUUCGGAAUGGAAGAAUAAGCAGGCCAACUGUAACAUCUGCCAACACAAAGCCCAGCCCUCCUGUGCAGAUUACAGUCGACCAGGUCAGCAGCGAGUCACUGUCUCUGCAUUGGGACCCCCCUGCUCGUGAAGUGGAGAGUUACAUUGUGACUUGUUGCAGUGAGGGAGACAUUAUGAAAGAGACAACUGACACAAACAAGAUGACAUUCAGCAACCUGAAGCCAGGGGAGUGUUACUUUCUACAGGUUUCUACAAAACUUCGGAAUGGAAGAAUAAGCAGGCCAACUGUAACAUCUGCCAACACAAAGCCCAGCCCUCCUGUGCAGAUUACAGUCGACCAGGUCAGCAGCGAGUCACUGUCUCUGCAUUGGGACCCCCCUGCUGGUGAAGUGGAGAGUUACAUUGUGACUUGUUGCAGUGAGGGAGACAUUAUGAAAGAGACAACUGACACAAACAAUAUGACAUUCAGCAACCUGAAGCCAGGGGAGUGUUACUCUCUACAGGUUUCUACAAAACUUCGGAAUGGAAGAAUAAGCAAACCAACUGUAACAUCUGCCAACACAAAUGUUCCUCCACCAGGGGAAGUAACAGUUCUUAAUUCUGACCAGGAGACAGUUUCUCUUGGCUUUCCACCCACUGAAAACUCUGCUGGGUUUAGACUACAGUUAGAUUACUUCUGUGAAACACACAGCAGCAGUUUGACUGUUGAUGACUCCAGCCCUGUGAAGGUUGAUGGACUGAUACCUGGCACUGAGUAUACCUUCAGCAUCACAAGGAUUGCAGACAAUGGAAAUCAAAGCAAAGCAACCUCGCUAUCUGUCUUCACAGAGCCCAGCCCUCCUGUGCAGAUUACAGUCGACCAGGUCAGCAGCGAGUCACUGUCUCUGCAUUGGGACCCCCCUGCUGGUGAAGUGGAGAGUUACAUUGUGACUUGUUGCAGUGAGGGAGACAUUAUGAAAGAGACAACUGACACAAACAAGAUGACAUUCAACAACCUGAAGCCAGGGGAGUGUUACUCUCUACAGGUUUCUACAAAACUUCGGAAUGGAAGAAUAAGCAGUCCAACUGUAACAUCUGCCAACACAAAGCCCAGCACUCCUGUGCAGAACAAAGUCGAUCAGGUCAGCAGGGAGUCAGAGUCUCUGCAUUCGGACACACCUGCUGGUGAAGUGGAGAGUAACAAUGCAACGUGUGGCAGUGAGGUUGAAACUCUAAAAGAGAAACCCGAUGGAGCAUUAAGCAAGCCAACUGAAACAUCUGCCCCCAAAGCGACACACCUAGAGAGCCUUUUGGAGGAACUGGGGUUGGAUCGCCACGUUGAAGAGAAGUUAUCCCUAAGCACACUUCUUAGGAUUGACAAGAAGACCAUUACUGAUGAACCUGCUAAGUGUAAUUCAGAUCUUCCAUGGUAUUUUCUGAAGAAACUAAUGAUGGUCAAUGUGACAGCUAGGAAUGUGAAAUGUACACCUUCACAUGAAUCAGACUUGGAUGAUCACUUAGAUCUUGAUAAUCUUGAGGAAAGUACACAUUCAGGUGACACAAUGAAUCCCCUUGACAUUAUCACUGCUCUCUUCCUGUGCUCUGAUGGUUUUGUACAGCAGGAAAUGGCCCUCAAAAUGUCCAUGUGUCAGUUUUCCGUGCCUCUGUUGCUUCCCAACUGUGACACAAAGCAGUGCACACUCAUGCUUUGGGCCAUGAGAGACAUUGUUAAAAAGUACAGACCUCAGUCACUUUCAGAAUCCAGGGGAUUUAUUGAAGAGAGAAUUGUUGUCUCUGCACUUCCAAUGAUAUCUUUUGUGAGACUGGGUGAGUGCUCCUUGUCCAAGUCAGAGAUCCUCAAUAAGCUUCUGAGCAAUUCUCAGCAGUACCAUGACACCUUUGUUCACUCCAACAUGGAGGGUGGUGACAGUCCAAGGAGAAUAUCCAAUGGAUUGGUUGAAAUGACUUGGUACCUCCCUUGUGGGAACAAAAACAUGGAUGUCUUCAGCGAGCCAGUUGCUGUAGCUAACCUUCGUGGGGACAUUGCUUCAUUUGAAACACAAUUUGCUUUCUUGUGUCAGACAUCGGCAGCAGUUUUUGUGUUCUUUGACGCUUUGGACUCUGAGUGUGAGCUGCUAACCAACCAAAACCACAAGGCCCAGAUCUUCUUGGUGGGUAACCGUCAAAGCAAAGAUUUCAAAUUAGAUGCCCUAAAAAAGGUAGCAACCAAGCUGGACUUGACUAAUAGCAAUAUCCUUUUGAAAGAAAAGCACAUAAAUGAUGCAAACUUUGUCAAAAAGGUGCGGGAAAAAGUCAGAAAUGCAUUUGAAAACACAAAGGUGAAGAGGGGAAUUGAGAAGAUGGCUGCCAUUGCCCAUGAACUGGGAAUCUGUGUUGAUGAAGACGCUUCAGACUGCCAGACUGCCAAGAAAAAUGCAGAUGCUAUCACUGCAGAAAUUCAAGACCUUCUUAAAUACAAAGAAGCUCAGCUUCCCUUGCAAGGCCAAAUAUGGAAAGACCUUACUCGCUUGGAGAAGGAAGAAUUGCGACUUCGGAAAGUUGAGUCCAAAGAUAUAGAAAAGUACAAAAGUGAUCUUCAGCUACAGAAAACCAAACUUCGGGAAAAACAGAACUCUCAUGACAUGUCGAACGCAAUGACAUGUUUCAUUAAGGCAAUUUCAAGCCCAGGGAUGGAGAGGUGCUAUUUCCUGAAUUGGAUGCGAAUGAACCUCGAUAACGUGUCUCGAGAAAAACUCUUUGACCUCAGGGAGCAGUACAAAGAAAAAUGCAAAAACUCUGAGAACAAAGAGAUAAAGAAAAUUGACCAACAACUUUCCAACAGCUCAUUAGGGACUGAACACUUCUUCCGUGAAAUGGGGCAGAUCUAUGAAGCUUCCCUUUCCCUUAAAAAAACAGACCCAGCACGUCAACAACUACAGCAUCUCCCCAAGCUAUGUGCUGAGUUAAUGCUUGAUGGAUUUCCUCUUGAGCUUGUAGAUGGAGAAGCAUCCAACAUACCUCUCAGAUGGGUGAGUGACGUUCUCUCUCAGCUCAAUGCCUUGGUGUCUCCUAAGAACAAGAUCCUGGUAGUCACAGUUCUUGGAGUUCAGAGCACAGGAAAGUCCACUCUCCUCAACACCAUGUUUGGAGUGCAGUUUGCAGUCAGCAGUGGUCGAUGCACUCGAGGUGCCUUUAUGUUGCUGAUUCAAAUCAAUGAAGAUGUCAGAAAAGACUUCAACUGUGACUUCAUGGUGAUCAUUGACACUGAGGGCUUAAAGUCACCAGAGCUCGCACAACUGGACAAUAGCCACGAGCACGACAAUGAGCUUGCAACACUUGUUGUGGGGCUGAGUGAUAUCACCAUCAUCAAUGUUGCAAUGGAGAAUUCAACAGAAAUGAAGGACAUCCUACAGAUAGUUGUGCACGCUUUCCUUAGGAUGAAAGAGGUUAGCAAAAAGAAGCCCAAAUGUCAGUUUGUUCACCAGAAUGUGUCCGAUGUUUCAGCCCAUGACAAGAACUUGCGAGACAGGAAACUGCUCCUGCAGCAGUUAAACGAGAUGACCCAGGCAGCAGCCAAAAUGGAAAAGAAAGAAGAGUACUCGAGCUUCACUGAUGUGAUGGAGUACAGUCCAGACACUGGAAACUGGUACAUUCCUGGACUCUGGAAUGGAAACCCACCGAUGGCACCAGUCAAUACAGGCUACAGUGAGGCUGUCUAUGAGCUCAAGAAGAACAUAAUCACCAUUUUGGGAAGUUGUGGAUCAUCAGCUAAUAAUAUCUUGGAGUUUACAGAGUGGAUGAAGAGCCUGUGGACGGCAGUAAAACAUGAAAACUUCAUCUUUAGCUUCAGAAACAGUCUCGUGGCUGAUGCAUACAUGAGGCUGUGCACAGAAUUCAACAAGUGGGAAUGGGAAUUAAAAAAAGAAAUGUUCACAUUGGUUACACAAGCUGAAACAAGAAUUUCUAACUUCGGUACACCUGCUGAUAAAUCUAACAAAUCUGACAUGAGAGAACUUCUCAUGCUAUUGAAAAAUGAAGCUUUGACUGAGCUGUCUAAAUGGGAAACAAAGCUUCUUGGAAAUCUGGAACAGUACUUCAAGCAAACAAAUGGCCAUGUAUAUCUUGUUGAAGGAUACAGACAGGAGUUUGCAAACAGUGCAAAGAGCCUUCGACAAGAAAUGGAAAGCUCUGUGUUUAAUCAACUCACAGCAGCAGCUGACAUCAGACAGGGGAUGACAGAACUUGAUAAAAUCAAGGAGAACCACACAAAGGAAUUAGAGGGCAAAGUAUGUGCAUUGAUUGAAGAAUGCCGAAAGGAAAAAGUCAAGAUGUCAGAGGAAGAGCUGGACAAAGAAUUUGACAAGAUGUGGACUAAAACAGUGAAGGAACUUUCCUGUAAAGAAAUGAAGAAGGAGGACAUUUUCACACCUGUGUCUUUCUCCCUGAGAACAAAUCUAUCAACCAAGGGAAGUCACGCAAGUGAUUUGUUAAGUCAAAAAAGCCUGAAAGAAUGUCGACAGGAUCUUUUUAAAUAUACAGCUCAAGGAACCAUGGUGUGGUUGAAAGGCCUAUUCAGUGCACCAAGUCACACAAAGGCUGCACAACAAACAGCUGUCGGCAUCAUUACAGUUUGCUCACAGAUGGUGAGUGACAAAGUGCAAAGAAAGAGUAAUUACCAUGAUACCUACAUCGAUGAGAUUUUAAACAUGAUUGAUGAGAAGCUGCAAAACAAUCAGCAAGUUGGAACAGACAUCACUUUUGAAGUCUCUCUGAAACAGCACAUCUGUGCAGACGCAGCCAGAAGGUUUCAGAAAAUGCAUGAAGAUUUCAUCCAUGAAAAUGAUCCUUACAGAUGUCUGAAUGAAAACAAAGGAAAGUUUCUUGCUGAUUUCAAAGACGUGUUCCAUAAUGUAGACCAGUGCCAGAAGAAGGCAGAAGAAUUCACAGACCGAUGCUUGAAGCCUGCAGUCGAAGACUUUGUCAACCGUUCCCUGGGUCCUGAUAUCAUUGGUGAAAUGAGGACAAGUGAGCAGUUCAGCACAAGAAUGUCCUUCCAGUGUUCAGUUUUACUGGAUCUGCUCUCAAAGGAUGACUUUAAAAAGUACCUGAGCUUUAUUUGCUCCUAUGAGCAUUAUGUGAAGGAAUGGAUACUCAACAAAAUAUUGGAACGCUUCUCAGAUGGGUCUACGAUGUUUGAGGAUCAACAUCUCCAGUCAUGUGUCAACAGCAUAAAUAAUGCUAUCCAGAAAGCUAAAACAGAAAAGAGUGGCAACUUAAAGUCAUUUGUUGAAGAUGUCUGUCAGGAACUUGGUGACAAACUGGUCAUUUCCCAGGAUGCUCUUGGGGCAUUCAUGAUCCUGAACAAUGCCAACCAGGAACAGUUUGCUCUCUGGCUCACUGAGUGUGUGACGGAGAUGGCACAAACUCUUAGAAAGAAGUUUGAGAAAACAAAUAUCCAAACUAAACUACAGAGCCUUCAUGUGAAUCCUCAGAACGAGCUUUUCAACAAACUGAUUGGAUGUGGUAAACAGUGUCCGUUCUGCAAAGCACCCUGUGAGGCAGGAGGAAGAGCCCACACUGAGCACUUCACUUCACUUCAUCGUCCAGAUGGUCUGGGUCGAUACAGAUGGAGUGAUUCAGAAAAACUUGGCAUUGACAUAUGCUCUUCCCUAGUAAACAGCAACAAAGAUUUUCGCCACAGUGAUACAAAAGAUCAUUCGCACCCUUACAAGCGUUACAAGGAAAAGUAUCCGGACUGGAAAAUCUCACCAGAUGCAAGCCUCCAGGCAUCAGACUACUGGAAAUAUGUACUGGCAAAGUUCAAUGAUCAGUUUGCAGCAGCAUACGAUGCAAAGCCUGCUGAUAUUCCUGCAGCUUGGAAACUUAUCACACCUGAGCAAGCAGAGGCAAGCCUCAAAGAGUCAUUUCAUAUCUAAUGAGAAACUACAAGCUUUGUGCUCACAGAGGGUCCCGUCCUCCUCAUUACAGUCAUCAUCCUCUCAUGGACAUUUAGAUUACACUUGAUUUAUAUGAAGAGAAGCACACAAAGUAACAUGCUGUUUAUGAGAUGGCAAGGUUGACCAAAUAUUUCAACAACAACUUACAAGAAAUUUGUAAACGUUUCAGUUUGAUUAACAUACUUUAAUUACUUCUUUUUUUGGUUGUUAUUGUAGUAUCAAUUAAUCAGAUUAUUUCCUUAAAGUAACUGAUGCAAACAUUUUUGCUUUUAUGUUUUUCUGUGGUUUUGUCAUAAACAUAUUAACAAUUUCAAUGUUUUAAAAUAUCAUUCAGUCUUCAUGUCAACAUGAAGAUUAUACAAUGUCUUUAUUUUUAUUUCAAAUAAGUAUCUGAUUCUUAUUAUUUACAUUUUUAUUGACACAUUCAGAAUUGUUGUCUUUUCAUUUCUGAGCUGCAUCAAAAGCCACACAUUUAGAUUUUUAAAUCAGUGAAUGAAUCAUUGUGUUUUAGUGGUGGUACAGUCAACAUGUAAACAUGACAGAAAGUCUGUUGUCAUCAAGUUCAGUUUGACAUGUGACCGUUUCCCAGAGAGUUAGAAUCUAUUCUUAUUUUGUUUCAUUUAUAUAUUUACAUAUUCAAUGUUUAACAUAUCAUUCAAUCUAAAUGUCAACAUGUAGAUUACACAUGAAUUUUGUUCUUACCUUAUUGAGUGCUAUAUGUCAUUGCUUUACCAACAACCUGAAAGUCUUUCUUUGUAUUCCAAUCAAGUAUUUAGCUCCAAAUAUUUACAUUUUCAUGUUCAUGUUAUAAUAUUUACUCAAAAUGUAUUAUGUUAGUUUUCAUUUUCAAAUGCCACAUUUUUAACAUUUUUAGAUCAAUUAAAGGAUCAUUUAGUUCAUAUUCAGCAUGUCAACAUGUAAACAUGACAACAAGUUUGAAUCAAGUUAAGGAUGAUAUAAAGAUGGUAUUGUUUUUGUGAAUAUUUAUGUUGUUGCAUUUUUUAUGUUUUAAAGAUAUUCCAGUCUAAAUGUCAACGUGUAGGUUAUCCUCCAGGUUGUUUUUAUUACCUAAUCCAGUAUGACAUUUAAUUAUCUUUUUUCAAAAUCUAUAACCACUUUUUUUUCUGUCAUUUAAGAAUCUGAUAUCACAUAUUUACAUGUAUUACUCACUUAAAAGAUCAUUCAAUAUAAAAGUGCUAUUGUCAACAAGUAACAGCAUCAUAUAUGAUCUUUCUUUUAAUCAGAUCUUCUAAUCUUUUGUUUCUGUGAAGUAUCUGAUUCUUUAUAUUUACGUAAUACAAAACACCAUUCAUUCUUUAUACUGUUAACAUGUAUACUUACUACUGUUUACUAUUUCAAUAAAGAGACCACAUCUGCA